ACUCUUGUCUAUCACAAAUCAUGUUUCCAGCCAUAUAACUCCACUUCUCCAACACUUCUCGAAACUCUUAUGGGUAAUCGAGCUGAAUUGCCUACCAUACAAUUCGGACACACCAAAGGCACUAUUUUCUUUGACAGCACCAGCGGUGUCUGGCUAAUUCACAGCGUUCCGAAAUUUCCUCCUCCGGAUCACUAUGAAUAUCCAGCUACCGGACACGAUUACGGACAGACGAUGCUAUGUCUUAGCUUCAAUUAUGCUGCCCUAGAAGGCAUAGGUGAGCUUCUUCCACCAGUCCCUACUAGUUGUGGAAUUUUGAGUGUUGUAGCUACUCAGCUGUAUUACAACAAACCCGAUAUCUAUUCGUCACAGCUUCCUACGAAAAUGGCCGCAGACUUUCCAGUUUUGGCACAGGUCAUUGCUGGCAAGUACAAGCAAGGAGAGCCUUAUUUCAACACCCUGACUCUGACCACUAUCAAUGGACAAAAGUUUACUUCGUUUGCAAAAAGCAAUCAGUUUAAUAACGAUCUCUACGACGGUUUGGUUGCUCCUGUUCUGCAGACAGACCUUAUUGCAGAGACUUGGAGACGAGGAUCGGAGGUGAGAGCAUGA